GGCGCCACCACGAGCCAAUGGCACGCGGCGUCGUUCAGUUGAGUUUGGUCAUUGCAACGGGUCGGAUGGCGUGCGAUGGCUGAUGAUCUGACGUCGCUACGUCUACUGCCAAUUACGCGUCGCACUCAGAUCUACGCGUGUGAACGGCUGGAUGUUUCAACGCCAAUUGGAGGCUGGUGGGACGACGACUCCGCGGGAUAGGAAAAUCGGACGUUCGCUUUGUUGACAUUUCCACGUGUGCGCGCUCAUCGUUGACUUCCUGAUUGUCGUGUACAUAUAUUGGAUAGAGGAUGAAUACACGCAAGAGGAUUACCCAGAGCGAGGAUACCUCGGCGGGAAACGGACUGCAGAACCACACCUGGAGCCACGGCAACGACAGCGAAGAGGAGGAGGUCGCCAGCGAGAACACAUUGCUGAACGAAGUCAGCGAACAGAGACAAACUCAUUCUACCCCAAUGCAAUGCAAGACUUGUCCAAUCGUGACGUUUGCGGAGGAGAAAAUGCGACGUAAACUACGAUUCUUCUUCAUGAAUCCGAUCGAAAAGUGGCAAGCAAAACGGCGUUUUCCCUACAAGUUUGUCGUCCAAGUCAUCAAGAUCAUCCUUGUGACCGUACAGCUCUGUUUAUUCGCACACAACAAUUACAUGCACGUAAAUUAUACAUGGGACAAUCGAAUCACAUUCUCUCAUCUCUUUUUGAUGGGAUGGGAAUCUUCUCAAGAGGUACCUGCAUAUCCACCUGCGACCGGACCAUUGGCUAUCUACAAGCGAAGCGAUUUUUACGAUGCUAUCGAUCAUGCUCUGCACGGUUAUUACAACGUCGACGAUGCUAUUGGCUCAUACUCCUAUAUAGCCGAGGACAAUUCGGUUGGGCCCGUAACUUUAUGUCUUUACCAGUAUAAGGAAGGCAUUAUAUUCGGUUUCAACGAAAGUUACGUAUUUGACAGCGAGAUUGUGGAAACGUGCAUGAACAUCAGUCUUGAAACCUUCAAUACAUUUAACUCAUCGCACAAUCUUCUGCAGGACAGAAACAUUAACGUCAAUUUCUCCGCAUUAGUACGCGCCCAUCUCAAAUUUGCUCUAAAAACGGUAAAUCUGAAAGCAGCUGGACCAAUGACACCACCUGAUUGUUAUCGUUUCAACGUUAAGAUCAUCUUUGAUAACCGCGACUUUGACGGACAGAUGUUGCUCUCCUUAGACGCUGAGGCUAGGAAGUUGCAAUGCAAAGGUGAUACCCGUUACAUCACAGACAAUCGCAUCGAAUCGGCGCUAAGAACUUUACUGAAUUUGCUUGUCAUACUGAUCUGUACAAUUUCUCUAUUGUUAUGCUCGCGAGCGAUAUACAGAGCACAGUUACUGAAGUUUGAAACUAUUAACUUCUUCAAGAAAACGUAUGGUACAACGCUAAGCCUUGAAGGUCGACUAGAAUUCUUAAACUUCUGGUACAUCAUGAUCAUCAUCAACGAUCUGCUCAUCAUUAUUGGUACCGUCAUAAAAGAACAAAUCGAACGGAAGCAUUCCGAAAGUGAUCACUGGAAUAUUUGCAGUAUAUUUCUUGGAACCGGGAAUCUGCUUGUAUGGUUCGGCGUAUUGCGUUAUCUUGGCUUCUUCAAAACGUACAAUGUUGUUAUUCUAACUCUAAAGAAAGCGACACCGAAGGUGGCAAGAUUCUUAAUAUGUGCUGUUCUCAUUUACGCCGGUUUCACAUUCUGCGGCUGGCUGGUGCUUGGUCCAUAUAAUAUGAAGUUCCGUUCUCUUGCGACCACUUCCGAGUGCCUAUUUGCGUUAAUCAACGGCGAUGACAUGUUUGCUACAUUUUCCAUCACGUCUUCCAAAUCGGCUGUGUUAUGGUGGUACUCUAGAAUAUAUUUAUAUUCGUUCAUUUCGUUGUAUAUUUAUGUUGUCUUAAGCUUGUUCAUUUCUGUGAUAAUGGACGCAUAUGACACGAUCAAGAUCUAUUAUCGCGAAGGCUUCCCGAAGAACGAUCUGCAAACCUUUAUAGCUCCAUGUACAGAUGAGGCAUCAAGCGGCAUCUUUAGAGAUGACUCCGAAAGAAGUAACUUGACGGAGUUGUUUGAUCGAUUUUGCUGUUGUCGGAAAAGGCCCUUUUACGGAUCUUUCUCCGAAUCUGACUCCUCAACUAAAUCCGAGCAACCGUGUGGCGGAGCCAUCUGUGUCUAGUGCAUUAAUGAAUAAUACCGGGAGGUAUUAUGGUGCAAUUAUGGAUACGCGGCACAACAUUAAGUCGGUUGCACCAACAUCUUUAAUUUAAUUAUCUUUGGUCAAUUUCUUGCCUAGAUUUGAUUCUAAAAAUUAUAUGCAACGUGAUUUCUCAUAUUACUAUAUUUGUCUUUUUUUUUAUGUUGUAGAAAUCAUUUUUUGCAAGGAAAAUUGUAAUUAUUAGAAAAAAUGUAAUGAUUUUUUUAAAAAUUCUGGAAAAAUGAAGAGCUUCUACAGAGUAAAUAGCUUUUUUAUUAAUAUAGUUUUGAUCGUUCCUCAAUAUUAGAAAAAUAUUAGAUUAAGUAACGUCCAGGAAGAAAAUAAUUCUCUUAUUGAAUGUUGGUGCAAUGGAAUCGAUGAAAAAAGAGAGACAGAAGUGUUUUCAUGAAUAUUUAUAAAUGUUGAUAGCAAAUUUAUUCAACAAUCGCGACACGUUUAUGCAACGUGAGACAUUUCUGUUACUGCCAUCUCAGUUUAAUUUAUAUAAUUUUACAAAAGCAUUUAUUUUAAUAGUACAAUUGUAAUAGAUUGUCAUUUUUGUUUUAAUUUUUAAUGGAUUUAAAAUAAUUGGUUACUACAGAAAAAAACGGCUAUUAAAUAACUUUCUACUGAAUUCCUUCUAAUAAUUCAUUAACUUCCACCAUGUUAGUUAAGCCAUUUUUUCAACAUGUUAAAAAAUGCACAAAAUAGUUGCGAAGCAUAAACAAAUGCGACAAGAAAAGAGCGUUCAACUGUUAACAAAAUAAUACCGAAAAUUUAUGUACAUAUAGUAUUUCAGCGAAAAAAUUCUUGUAUAUUUGCAUGUAUAAUACAAUUAUAUAUAUUUAUUAUUGUACUUCGCGUAAUCGUAAAUAUAUCUUAUACUUUAAAAACAUUGUAGAAAGCAUUGUUUUAUGUAACAUACAUUGGUUUUAUGAUAGAUAUAAUUUCAACAAAUAUUCUCGAAAAAAGUGAAGUAAUUAGAAAUCUCAUACAAAGGAUCUAUAGUGACAAUGUGGCACAAGGAGUUGCGAGUUUACUCUCAGUGCCAAAGAUUCGGGUUCAAUUCUACCCAGAACAGUAUAAAGCCUAGUUUAUGCAGACUAUAACCAUAUGAAAUUUGUCAAUCAUAGUCGAUUAUCCUUCUAUAAAUUGAUUAUAAUAGAUCAAUUUCUUACGGCCUGCAUAAAUCAAACUUAAUUCUUUAGAAGAGAUUACCACCUCUCGGAAGGAAAAGGCAAAAGCAAAUCACCGAGAGUAACUCUAAUAGGAAAGUUUCUUCUAAUAGGCCAUUCGGAAUCAGCGUUAAAACUGUAAAUUCCAUAUAUACAAAAGAGAUCGCUUACGCGCUGACAAGCGUAUAGCACGCGACGAAGAAGAUACAAGAGAUGCAGCUUACUUGUUACAUAAAUCAAUCCAGUGUUACCAAAGUUAUAAAAAGAAUAUGUAAUAUAUUAUCUAAGUAAAAUUACCCAAGUUUAUUAAACUGUACAUAUUGAGUAUUCUAUUUUAAUGGAAACAGUGAAAUAUCUUGAAAAAUAUGCAAGAUACAGAAAAAUGUUUUUGAUAUAAAAGUUGUCACGAUCUGAAGAAAAACGAACAAUAAUAAAGUUAAUUUUCGAAAAAAAAUUUUAUCGCCAAUUUUUAAAAUAAAGUGUUAUCUUUUUACAUAAUGAUUCUUCUAUUUUGCGUAUAAAAGCAUUAAGGUAGAUCAAUGAUUUUUGAGAUAUUUUACACUUUAUUCUAACACAUUUCAGCAUAAAGGAUAAAAUAACUCGUAAACUAUUUAGUUUUUGGCAAUUGUACUCUAAAAUGUGUAGGUACGAAAUAAUUAAAUAAAUUAAUUGAUGCAAGGAAAACGUAUUGUUGUAAACUUUUACUGUUUCCAUUAUAAUAGGACACUCAGUAUAUAUGCACACACACACACACACACAUAUACACAUAUGUAUAUGUACAUCAAACAACUAUUAGCUUAUAUUUCAUAUAAAAUUGAUAUUACAGUAAUAUCAAAUAAUAUGAAUUAAUGAAUUACAUGGUAAUAGACAUUUUGAUGCAUGCGUGUAUUUUAUUAAAAAGUCAGAGAUAGGAUAAACAUACACAAAAGCAACAUUUAUCCAUAGAAAUAUAUUUAUAUUUACAUUGAAGUACAAUAAAUGUAAUUUUUUUCUAAUA